UGAUUAUAUAGUUCAAAAAUUCAGUUUUAUUGAUUAAAAUUUAUUAUGUUGCAUCACUGAAUUUUUGAAGAUAUCUUGUUUGCUUAUAUAUUUAUGUUCAAGGUAGAACAGUCUUUUUUUUUGUUUUUUAAAUAAAAUAUGUAAUAGUAUAUAUUCAAUUGUGAAACUCGCACAAAACAGCUGUUACGUUCAUUCCUGUACGAAAAAAUUUCUUGACACUUCCACGACUGUAUUAUAUUAUUUGUUUUUUAAUUUUAAGUAUUAAUACUAUUUAUGUCAUAAUUAUCAAACCUAAAUGUUGAAAUGAAUCAUACAUUUACGAGAAACGAAUCGUUCUUAGUUUUAUGAGAAGAUAUCGUGUUGAUUUAGAAUAAUACUAAGUAUAAAAUACUAUCUUUCUUUAAAUAAUAAUUUAAAACAGAAAAUGGAUAAGUUGAGGAGAGCUUUAAGUGGCAAUGAGCAAUGUGAUGAAGAAAGUGGUAUUAUUACUCAGGUUAUGGAUCAAACUACAUUAAGUUGGUCUACUCGAAUAAAAGGUUUUGCUAUUUGUUUUAUUGUUGGUAUUCUCUGCUCUUUCCUUGGAUCCUUUGCUUUAUUUUUACACAAAGGACUUACAGUAUUUGCCGUAUUUUAUACAUUAGGCAAUAUCAUCUCAUUAGCAAGCACAUGCUUUCUAAUGGGUCCAUUCAAUCAGUUUAAGAAGAUGUUUGCACCAACAAGAGUGAUUGCAACUGUUUUAGUAUUUAUAACAAUUGCAAUGACAUUAUUUGCAGCGUUACAUGAAGCACGUAGAAGGAGAAGUGAAAUCUCUGUGGAGUUACGUAAAGCUAGGAAGGAUGAACAAUUACAAAAACGACGGAAUUUGAAUAUAGGCAAAGAAUCACGAAAUUCUGCAAGUGAAAGUAAUCAUUCGUCUCUUUCUACAUCUAUAGAUGAAAUUGUAAAUAGCAUGAAAUCUCCGGAUGAAACAAUUCAACUUCAAGCGACGCAAGCAUGUAGAAAAAUGUUAAGCCGUGAAAAGAAUCCUCCUAUAGAUAGUAUGAUUCAACGUGGAAUUGUUCCACUAUGUGUUGAAUUUUUGGAUUAUCAUCACAACGCUGCAUUACAAUUUGAGGCAGCAUGGGCUCUAACAAAUGUAGCAUCUGGUACAUCAGAACAAACUCACGUUGUUGUUAAACAUGGUGCUAUACAAAAAUUGGUUGCAUUACUUAAAUCUGCAUCACCCAAUGUUGCUGAACAAGCUGUAUGGGCACUUGGAAACAUUGCUGGAGAUGGACCAGUAGCUCGGGAUCUUGUUCUCGCAUAUGAUGCUAUGCCACUUUUACUAGAAUUAAUUAAACCUGACACUUCUGUAACAUUUACACGUAACAUUGUUUGGACUCUGUCAAAUUUGUGUCGUAAUAAAAAUCCUCCUCCUCCAUUCAACGUUGUAAGAACUGCUCUUCCAGUAUUAAAUCGUUUACUUAGUAAUAAUGAUAAGGAUAUACUUGCUGAUGCUUGCUGGGCUCUUUCAUAUCUUACUGAUGGUUCUAACGACAAAAUACAAGCAGUCGUUGAAUGUGGAGUUAUUCCGAAACUCGUACAAUUACUUAAUUCAACUGAAGUGACCGUUUUAACGCCAGCGCUUCGAGCUGUGGGAAAUAUAGUUACAGGAAAUGAUACGCAAACGGAUGCAAUAAUAUCGGCAGGCGGUUUGCAAUAUUUGGGAUUAUUAUUACAACAUCAUCGUGUCAACAUUGUUAAAGAGGCAGCAUGGACUAUUAGUAAUAUCACUGCUGGAACCAUGGAACAAAUUCAACAUGUUAUAAAUGCUGGAUUAUUACCACCUCUGAUACACGUUCUAGAGUGUGGAGAUUUUAAAUCUCAAAAAGAGGCAGCAUGGGCAGUAACAAAUUUAACUACAAGUGGAUCAAUACAACAAUUAGCUCACCUAGUAGAAUUAGGAGUACUUGCACCAUUCUGUAAUCUUCUGGAAGCUAAAGAUUGGAAAACAAUAAUUGUUGUUCUUGACGGUUUAACUAAUAUUUGUAACGCAGCAGAUAGAAUGGGAGAGGUUGAACGAGUAGCUAUUAUGAUAGAAGAAGUUGGUGGUUUGGAUAAAUUGGAAAAUUUACAACAUCAUGAUGUGGAACAAGUGUAUCAAAAAGCUACUGCAAUGAUAGAUACCUUCUUCUCAGAGCCGGAUACGCAUUGGAUCUUGGCUCCAAUUGUCUAACCAAUCUCUUAUAGCUAUAAUUUCACUAGGAAGUCCAGGUGUUUCAAAAAGCCCUGUCGUUUUUAUGCCAUGUCGAUACAAUCUAUCAACUAAUAGCCAUAUUUCUUUAGGUAUAGCAUAUGGUUCUUGA